CAUGGAGAGAUUACAGCUUCCACAGAACUGAGGAGUGAACUUUGGAGCUCAGUGCUGAUCAGUGAUUGGUGGAAGCAGGUUGAAGGUGUGACUGGAGUGAAGACAGUGAAUCAGAAGGUUCACAGUUUGUGCUGCUGAGGAAAGACUCAAGCAAAUGGAGCCUGAAGGUCCACCAGCGUACGAUGAGAUAGGAAAGCAUUUCCCUCCUGAACGUGAAGGUCUGGAUGUUCCUGUACUGAUCCUGGUGCUGCUGGGCAGGAGGAAUGUUGGGAAGACCGUGACAGGGAAUACCAUCCUUGGCAGUAAGAAGUUUGAGACUGGGGUGAAGACGACUCGGACAGUGAAGAAGCUGGGCUGGGUGGAUGGAGUGAGGGUGGCAGUGGUGGACACCCCUGGCUGGAGUGUGUUCGGUUUAGUCAGUGCAGAGCAGGUGAGGGGUGAGCUCCUCCGCAGUGACAUGCUGAGCUCCUUUGGUCGCCGGACCUUCCUGCUGGUCAUCCCAGUGGACGAGUUCAGCAGCAGAGAGUGUCAGGCUGUGGAGGAGAACCUGAGGAUCCUGGGAUCUGAUGUGUGGAAGCACACCAUGGUGCUCUUCUCUUAUGGUGAUGAGCUGAGAGGAAGAAGCAUUGAAGAGCAUAUUAAAAAGAGUGGGAGGUCUCUGCAGAAGAUUCUGCAUAUGUGUGACUACAGAUACCACGUAUUUAACAAUAAACUGACUGACAGCUACUACCAGGUCAGUCAGCUGAUUCAGACUGUGAGGAAAAUGUGAUUGUAGAAAGCUGGAGAGGGUGAAGUAAACAUAAGGGGCAUUCGAAUACUCAAUAGAGGAAAGAUCAUUUGUACUGGAACAAUGUAUUAUUAAGGCUUAUUUGCACACUACAGUAGUUUAUUCUGCUUUAAAAUGUUGUAUUAUAAGAUUAUAUUAACACCUUAAAAAGGCCAGAGUUUUUGUCAAUUUUCUGCCUGACAUUACACCACUAAGUCUUGAGGAUGUCAAUUCAAGCAUUACAUAAAAAGCUUUCAUUUUUGAUAAGGAACAUUACUGAAAAUCGUUACUGUAAUUGUAAUAGAAAGUAUAAAAAAUAUUAAAGUAAAUCUGCAACUGUCAAAAUAUAAUUAAUAAAAUUAUAAAACUGUCUCUUUCCUGAGCUUUAUUUUAAAAUCAAUAUUUUCCUGAAUACAUAUCAUGUCCUCCAAACAUUUAGUUUCAUUAAGGUUGUCUAGUUUUUACACCUAUUUUUUAAACAUGCAGAAUUUGUGUUGAUUCCUGUUACUGAUCUGAAAUUAUUAAGUGGAGUAGAGAGAAAACAGGCAGCUUCUCAAAGUGUCCUGUAAUAGUCUUAUGAACAUGACAUAUAUUUGAAUUACUGUUUAAAGUAAAACGCUUGAUUUCUAUGUCUAAAUGUAAUUCUUUAAAUGAAACAUAACUAUUAUGUAACAAGUGCUGAGUAAAUAAAAAAAAAAUUAAUAUU